AUGGGGGCGUUGUCUGGCGUGAGAACUGCGCUGGUGCAGGGAGGAACCCGAGGCAUCGGGUUGGAGUUUGUGAAGCGGCUGGCAGCGCAGCCGCACGUGGAGACCGUGUUUGCGACGGGAAGGAGUGCUGCAAGCAACCUCAACGGCGGUGGAAGCAAGGACAGCGACGGCAACAGCAUGUUGAUGAUAGACCCAGUGUUAGCAAAGAAGGUGGUACCGGUGCAUGUUGACAUUCGAGAAGAGGAUAGCAUCAAGGCUGCAAGCGAGCAGGUCAAGGCUGCAUGCGGUGGCCGGCUUCACUUUGUGCUGAAUGCGAGCGGGUUUCUCCACCGCGCGCACGACGGCGUCGGCCCAGAGCGCAAGCUGGCAGACGUGCGGCCGGAGCUGAUCCACGACAACUUCAGCGUCAACGCCUUUGCGCCGAUUCUCUGGGCCAAGCACUUGGCCCCGCUUCUCAAGCACAAGGAGCCGGCCGUGUUCGCGUCCAUCAGCGCGCGCGUUGGGUCCAUCUCAGACAACGGGAUGGGCGGGUGGUUCUCCUACCGCGCAAGCAAGGCGGCGCAGAACAUGUACAUGCGGUGCCUGGCCAUUGAGUGGCGACGCACGCACAAGAACGUGACGGUCUUGUCACUCCAUCCAGGCACCGUCAGCACCGACCUCUCCGCGCCGUUCGUGGGCAACGUGAGGCCAGAGAAGCUGUUUACCACAGAGCAGUCUGUGAACCAUCUGUGGAACGUGAUGGAUGCGACCACACCAGCAGACACGGGCAAAUUCCUCGCCUGGGAUGGCAAGGAGAUACCGUUCUGA